AUGGAUGCCCGUGUAAGAUUAAGUAUACUUCAGAUUUUUUCAAAUAGUUACGAAGAUGAUGAUGUAGAAUUGGCAAUUAUUCCACCCAAUGCAGAUGUAAUAACAGAUGAAGAAAACAUUGAUGAAAAUGUAGUGAUUAAUGAGUCUGUUGUACAAGAUGUACCCGGUACUUUAGAGCUGAUAACCAGCCGAGAUGAAGCUAAUACUACAGUUGUACCUCCAGAAGCCAAAAGAAGGAAAGCAUUAGGAGGUGGGGCAGAAAGUGUCUUCAACUCCAUAUCAAGAAAUAGGUUUUGGGAAAUAAAGAGAUUCAUUCAUCUCAAUGACAACUCCAAAAUAGACAGAAACGACAAGAUGUACAAACUGAGGUUGUACUUCGAAAUGCUGAAAAAGGAAUUUGGUAAAUUUGGCAUACAUCAUUCAGAACUCUCAAUUGAUGAAAUGAUGGUAUGUUAUUAUGGUAAACAUUCAGCUAAAAUGUUUCUGAGGAGAAAGCCUAUCAAAUUUGGAUAUAAAAUUUGUUGUCUUACAAGUUUCAAUGGCUUUCUUUAUAAUUUCUCGCCAUACUGUGGCAAGACUGACAACAAACAGGAGCCUUGA